UCUUUCGUCAUCUCCUUCGUUUCCGCCCUCGUCUUCCCGGAGGUUUUCUCUCCUCCAAAUUCUGCCUAUAAGAAGUUCAUCUGUCAGUAAAGGAAGGAGAUUUACUUUUAGUUCUCAAGCAACCGAGAUAUCAAAGACAAGCGAUACACAUCAGAUUAGGCCAUGUCGGCCCUGAAAGACCUUCUGCCGGCUGCAAAAUCAACAAAAUCUACUGUUUAUGACCACUCUAAUGAUCCAUGGUUUAAGCAAAGAUUCAGCAAUCCAGAACCUGAUGCUGUUGUGGUUGCUGCUAAAGCUAAAAUAAUUCCUCCUUAUCAAAAACGUGAUGGCUUCAUCCCCCGUAAACCUGAAGAUUUUGGUGAUGGAGGUGCGUUUCCUGAGAUUCAUGUUGCCCAACACCCGCUUGGCAUGGGUAGGAGAGGUGGACAAGAGAAGCUUGGGUCUAAAAUCUUACCACUCACAGUUGAUGCUCAUGGUAAUGUUGCUUUUGAUGCAAUUGUCAGGCAGCACGAGAAUGCUUCAAAGAUUGUUUACUCCUCACACAGAGACCUAGUUCCUAAGGUUUUGAAAGCUGCUGGUGAUGAGCCUGAAUCUGAUGAAGAAUUGCAGAAAGAGAUUGAGGAAACGACCCAGAGUACAAAAGCCGCUCUCGAGAAGAUUGUGAAUGUUAGACUGAGUGCAGCACAACCGAAGAAUGUUGCCUCACAGUCAACUGAUACCAAAUUUAUCAAGUAUAGAUCGUCCCAACAAUCGGCAGCCUUUAAUUCUGGAGCAAAGGAGAGGAUAAUUGCGCUGUCUGUUGUGCCUGUGGACCCACUUGAACCACCAAAAUUCAAGCACAAGAGGGUUCCAAAGGCAUCUGGAUCUCCACCUGUGCCGGUUAUGCAUUCCCCUCCUCGACCAGUAACCGUGAAAGAUCAGCAAGACUGGAAAAUCCCACCAUGUAUAUCAAAUUGGAAGAACCCAAAGGGUUAUACGAUUCCACUGGAUAAACGUUUGGCUGCAGAUGGCAGAGGUCUUCAAGAGGUUCAGAUUAAUGAUAAUUUUGCAAAGCUUUCAGAAUCUUUGUAUGUUGCAGAGCAGAAGGCUAGAGAAGCAGUGGCAAUGAGAUCAAAGGUUCAGAAGGAAAUGUUGUUAAAGGAAAAGGAAAGGAAGGAACAAGAGUUACGGGCUUUGGCGCAAAAAGCUCGGUCCGAAAGGACUGGUGGUGCUCCACCUCCUUCAUCUGUUCCUAUGCCUGCUUCUGACAGAAUCACGAGUGAUGAUGGUGAGGAUAUGAGAGGAGAUUAUGGAAGGGUGAAGGAAAAAAAUAGGGAGUUACCAAGAGAGAGUAGGGAAGAGAGAGAAGAACGAUUGAAGAGAGAAAAGAUCCGCGAGGAGAGAAAGAGGGAAAGGGAGAGAGAGAGAAGGUUGGAAGCUAAGGAUGCAGCAAUGGGGAAGAAGAGUAAGAUUACCAGAGACAGAGAUAGAGAUGUUAGUGAAAAGGUUGCUUUAGGUAUGGCUAAUACUGGAGCUGGUCGUGGCGGAGAAAUCAUGUACGAUCAAAGACUGUUCAACCAAGAGAAAGGAAUGGACUCUGGAUUUGGAACUGAUGAUCAAUACAACCUUUAUGAUAAAGGGUUGUUUACUGCACAAAAUACUCUUUCUACUUUGUACAAGCCAAGGAAAGAUACUGAUAGUGAAAUGUAUGGAGGUGCGGAUGAGCAGCUUGAGAGGGUUAUGAAAACAGAUAGGUUUAAACCCGAUAAAGGAUUUACGGGUGUUCCUGAAAGGGCAGGUCCCAGGGAUAAGCCAGUCGAGUUUGAUAAACCGGAGGAAGAUCCCUUCGGGUUGGAUCAGUUUUUGUCGGAGGUAAAGGGAGGUAAAAAGACUUUGGAUAAAGUUGGAAGUGGAGGAACAAUGAGGGCAAGUGGUGGAUCUUCCAGAGAUAAUUAUGAUGGUGGGUCUGGUCGAACUCGCAUUGGGUUUGAAAGGGGUGGACGUUAGAGUUCAUGCUCUUUCGCUGCUAUCUUCCUCUAGUUUGCUUUUGUGUUUUAUUGAAAUAGAGUCAGGAAGGAUUGUAAGGGAUAAAACUGAUGCUUUUAUCUUAUUUUAAGCCGUAACCUCUACCUUGAAUGUUUUAUGAUGAAUUAUCUUCAUUUAGGAAAAGUCAGAAUUUCAUGUUAUGAUUUUUUUCCCCUCUUUA